AGGCAUCGGCAUACUGUCACAGCUCCAGUAGCACUGCAGAUCUCUCUUUGUGAUGCUAUUCUUCCUACAGGAGGAGGUGGAAGAGUGUGAGUGAGGGACGUGUCUGGCAGGCAUCCCAGUCAAACAGUAAUACAGACGUAAGAGGGAGAUAGCAGUCUCCUCACUGAGCCACAGCACAGGAUCCAGCACCGCGGACCAGGGAGCCCUCCCUUUGUGAGCCAGUGGGCGUGUGACGUCACCGCUGAGAGGAGGGGCCUCCUUUCCCCUGUCUGGCCAAUCCUCAAGCUCGGCGACUAGGUCACGUAAGAAUCUCCCCUUUCAGGUUGCCAUGACAACGUGCACUGGACCAGGCAGCAUCUUACUGUGGUGAGAAGGGAAGACGAGGGAGGAGAGAACGAGGGAGGAGAGAACGAGAACAAACCACAAACAGAGGAAACACCUAAGCUCUUCAGCGGCUGCGCCUCUUCUCUCUAACGAAGAUGCCUGAGGCAGGGAGCUAAAGGCCUCACCGGAGCAGAGUGCGUGCUAGAGCCAGGGGGCUGGGGCCUGACCAGAGGCCCCUGAGAGGGGUGCAGGACCAUGGGGGAUCCUGGAGGCUUCACCACCACAGGGGAGAGGGUGAACCCUGCCCACGUCAUGUUUGACCGCUUCGCCCAGGCCUCCACCUGUAAGGGCACGCUCAAGGCCUUCCAGGAGCUCUGUGACCAUCUGGAUCUCAAGCCCUGCGAGUACCGGGUCUUCUACCACAAGCUCAAGUCCAAGCUCAACUACUGGAAGGCCAAGGCGCUCUGGGCUAAGCUAGACAAGCGGGCCGGCCAGAAGGAGUAUAAGAAGGGACGAGCAUGUGCCAACUCUAAGUGUCUGAUCAUCGGGGCGGGACCAUGUGGCCUGCGGACGGCUAUCGAGCUGGGCUUCCUGGGGGCCAAGGUGGUGCUGCUGGAGAAGAGAGAUGCCUUCUCCAGGAACAACGUGCUCCACCUGUGGCCCUUCACCAUCCAGGACCUCAGGGGCCUCGGGGCAAAGAAAUUCCACGGAAAGUUCUGCGCCGGAGCCAUCGACCAUAUCAGUAUCCGUCAACUCCAGCUGAUGCUGCUGAAGGUGGCCCUGCUCCUGGGCAUCGAGAUCCACGUCAACGUGGAGUUCAAGGGUCUCAUCGAGCCCCCCGAGGACCAGGAGAACGAGAGUAUAGGGUGGAGGGCUGAGGUCCAUCCCAGGACACACCCAGUCAACGAGUUGGAGUUUGAUGUCAUCAUCGGUGCAGACGGAAGAAGAAACACGCUGGCAGGGUUCAGGAGGAAGGAGUUCCGAGGCAAGUUGGCCAUCGCCAUCACUGCCAACUUUAUCAACAGGAACACCACGGCCGAGGCCAAGGUGGAGGAGAUCAGCGGAGUGGCCUUCAUCUUCAACCAGAAGUUCUUCCAGGACCUCCGGGAAGCCACGGGAGUUGACCUGGAAAACAUUGUCUACUACAAGGAUGACACGCACUACUUUGUCAUGACUGCCAAGAAACAGAGCCUGCUGGAGAAGGGAGUCAUUCUGCAUGAUUAUGCAGACACAGAGAUGCUGCUGUCCAGGGCUAACGUGGACCAGGAGGCCCUUCUCUCCUAUGCCCGCGAGGCCGCAGACUUCUCCACUAACCACCAGCUGCCCACUCUGGACUUUGCCAUCAACCACUACGGACAGCCCGACGUGGCCAUGUUCGACUUCACCUGCAUGUACGCCUCAGAGAAUGCAGCGCUAGUGCGCCAACGCAACGGACGGCAGCUACUGGUGUCUCUGGUGGGGGACAGUCUACUGGAGCCCUUCUGGCCCAUGGGCACUGGUAUAGCCCGGGGUUUCCUGGCAGCCAUGGACUCAGGCUGGAUGGUGAAGAGCUGGGCCCAGGGAAACAGCCCUCUGGACGUGCUGGCUGAAAGGGAGAGCAUAUAUCGCCUGCUGCCUCAGACAACGCCAGAGAACAUCAGUAAAAAUGUCAGUCACUACAGUGUGGAUCCCACCACGCGCUACCCUAACAUCAGCCUCCACUUCCUCAGGCCCAACCAGGUACGACACCUCAUUGACACAGGGGAUUCAAGCAGUGAAAUGCGUAUCGAAAUGGAGAAUGUAGUCAACUCGUCAACACCCAAGCUCACCAGAAAUGAGUCCAUCGCUCGCUCCAGCAAGCUGCUGAACUGGUGUCAGAGACAGACGGAGGGCUACAGGAAAGUCAGUGUGAUCGACCUCACCAUGUCCUGGAAGAGUGGCAUGGCCCUGUGUGCCCUCAUCCACCGUUACAGACCUGACCUCAUUGACUUUGACUCCCUGGACGAACAAGACCAACAGAAGAACAACCAGUUGGGCUUCGACGUGGCCGAGCGGGAGUUUGGCAUCUCGCCCUGCAUGACGGGCAAGGAGAUGUCCCAGGUGUCAGAGCCCGACAAGCUCUCCAUGGUCAUGUACCUCAGCCAGUUCUACGAGAUGUUCAAGGACACAGUCCCCCCUGGGGCCGGAGAUAACCAAAACAUGAGCCCUGAGGAGAAGGCUGCGUUAAUCAACAGCACCAAGUCUCCCAUCUCCUUCCUUAGCAAGCUGGGCCAGAGCAUCGCCAUAUCCCGCAAACGCAACCCCAAGGACAAAAAGGAGAAGGAUGUGGAUGGUUUGGGGAAGAGGAGGAAGACUAGCCAGGCUGGCCAUUCUGAAGACGAGGAGGUUUCGAGGGGUAACCGUGAUGACAGGCCGUCCAACAGUACUGCUCUAACGGAGAGGAAUAUGAAGGAAGAGACAGCGGCUGUAGGGAACCACAACAAAGUCAAGUCCAUGGCCACCCAGCUCCUCGCCAAGUUUGAGGAGAAUGCUCCUGCAGAGUCCAAGGACCUCAAACGACAGGGUUCGCUGAGGAAAGAGUUUCCCCAGAACAUCGGGGGCAGCGACGUGUGCUUCUUCUGCCGGAAGCGUGUGUACGUGAUGGAGCGGCUGAGUGCCGAGGGCAAGUUCUUCCACCGCAGCUGCUUCAAGUGUGACUACUGCGGAACGACGCUUAGACUGUCAUCCUAUGCCUUCGAUGUGGAGGAUGGGAAGUUUUACUGCAAGCCCCACUACUGUUACCGCUUGUCUGGUCAGGCUCAGAGGAAGAGGCCGGCACCGACCCCUGCUCUGCUCAAUGCAAGGGAAAACCAGGCGUCCUUGCCCGCCGUGGUCACCGUGGACUCCCCCGGGAGGGGGGAGAUGGCAUCGCCGUCUCCCACCGAGCGCCGGACCUCAGUCCCAGAGGUCAACGGGCUGCAGGAGCCCAGCCUGCCUAAGCGUCUGCGGGGCACGCCGGAGCGCAUCGAGCUGGAGAACUACCGUCUAUCUCUGCAGCGGGAGGAGGAUCUGGAGGAGGUGCCCGAGGAGAUGCUGGCCGAACACAACCUGAGCAGCGUGCUGGACAAGGACAAACACGCAGACCUGGGCUCCAGCAGCUCUGAGUCUGACAUGGAGGAGGAGCAGGAGCCCCCCAGCCCCUCAGACCUGGGAGGGGUACCCUGGAAAGAGGCUGUGGAGCUUCAUGCUAAGCUGAAGACCGACAGCGACCCAGGGGCCGAGGGAGAGGACGGGGCUCAGGCUCACAUUGUUAGAGACCUAAAGGUGGCGGAAGAGGAGGAGGAGGAAGAUGAUGAAGAAGAGGACGAUGAGGAGGAAUCGAGUGAUGAGACCUGUGAGGAUGAUGACCCGGAAGCAGAAGUUGGCAGCCAUGAUUUUGAGCCAGGCACAGAGAUGGACCAGGAAGACAUUCCCUCCGACGCGGAGGCUGAGGCUCAUCUACACCAGUCAGAGAUCAGUGAAGCACUUCCUGAAGAGGACAAGAAGUCGGAGAGUCAGGGGUUCGCCUCCAGCAUUGAACAAUCUAGUGUCAGUCUGGUGAAGUUAGUUGGGGAAGUUGUGCUCUUGCCAGUCAAACCACCGACUCCACAGCCUGAUUCACAGAUGUCUCACACCUCUCCUCCCUGCCUGGUCAAAUCCCCCGGCAUGCACUUUUUCCCAGAACCCUUUGCACUGGAGGACGUCACAACACCACAGAGGACAGCUCAGACUCCCAACGCCAAGAGCCCUCAUCCCCCCGUCCAUUCCCCUAUCUGCUCCCAGCCUGUCCCACUGCUCGAAACCGUCACCACCAAAUCCCCCGUCAACUCUCCGCCCUGCUCCUGUCCCCCGACAGGGAACCCACUAUCUCCCAUCUGUGCCCAGCCACUGCCCUGCCGAGAGUCCUCCUCAUCCCUCACCUCUGACUCCCCCGUCAGAACUCAGCCUGUCCCUGCAGUCACCUCCACGCCGCUGGCCAAACCAGCCUCCUCUGACAGGGCUACCCCUGAGCCACAAAAAUCCCUAGACUUCUCAGAGCAGGAAACCACAGUCAAGAAGACGGACAUCAUCGAGGAGUUCUGGCUGAAGAGUGCCGAGAUCAGGAAGAGCCUGGGUCUCACCCAACUGGAACGUAGCAGCAGCAAAUCCCCAGAGAAAAGUCAUGUUACUGUGGGUAGGGUUCCCACCCCAGACUCCUCCUCGCCCAAGUCCUACACCCCAGAGGACCUGUCGGAGGAGCUUUCCCCUCUCCCCUUCACCGGCCGCUCGGUAAUCCGCAGGCUGAACAUUACGGUGGAGGGCCAGGUCAUCUCCCCCGUGGAGGCCAAGAGCAACGGCACGGAUCAAAGGGACCUCAGCAGCAGCUCUGGCCUGGGCCUCAAUGGCAGCACGACCACCAGCCAGACCAGCCAGGCGGCCAGCGACAGCUACAACACCUCCAACUCCACCAUGCUCACCCCGCCCUCCAGCCCCCCGCCGCCCCCGCCCAACGAGGAGCCAGCCACCCUAAGGCAGCAGCAGAAGCACCAUGUCUCCUGGAACAAUGGGAUCGAUGGCCCCACUACACCUGAGCCAGCCAAGGAGCCAGCCAAGGCAGCACCCACCAAGACCAAGAGCCCUGUGCCUGCACCGAGGACCCAACUCAGCCAUGUAUCUAUGCCAGUGCCCAAGCCUGCCCCCAGGACUACACUGGUCACCUCACCGGUCACAGCUCCGGUCACUGCUCCAGUGGUGAUCAUGAGACGGGAGAAGAGCAGCAAACCAUGUCGGGAGGAGGGGAGGAAGUCAUUCGUGGAAUGCGUGGCAGAGAUCCCGUUUGCGGACGACGUGGAGGACACAUACGAUGAGCGGACACCAGACACGACCAUGGACAGGUUCUACACCCCACCCACAAGCAGGCCCAACAGGGAGAGGGAGAAACCUCCUCUUCACCUGGCCCUGGCCAUGGAGAAUGGAACAGCCAAUUUCACCGGGAACCAGCAGGCCUCAAAAAAGGCCCAGCAGUUCUCCCCUGAGGCCAAGGAAAUAGCAGAGGAGCGGAUGAGAGCCAGAGAGAAGUCAAUCAAGAGCCAAGCUCUAAAAGAUGCCAUGGCCAAGCAGCUCAACAAGAUGAAAGAGACGGACUCGGCGAAGGGCGCUGCCGCCACGGCUAAAGUGGUGUGGAACGUGGCCUCAUCAGAGACUUCCGGAAAAAGUACUAAGAAGUCGUCCGGCUCUCCAAAGACGUCUGCGGUGAAAGCUCUGGAGUCAAAGAAGGUGGAGACUUUGCCAGAGCUUUUAUUCAGCAGUCAGAUUAACAAGAGUCUGGACGGCUCAACUGUCUCCUCUGAAGGCUCCGCCUCGGGAGGCAAGAGCAAGAAGCGCAGCUCCCUCUUCUCUCCACGCAAGAACAAGAAGGAGAAGAAAGCCAAGAACGAGAGCCGGCUCUCCGACAAGCACGGUACAGACAAGACGCCGUCGCCUCCCAAACACAAGUCCCUGUGGAAGGCAGUGUUCUCAGGGUACAAGAAAGACAAGAAGAAGAAUAAGGACGACAAGUCGUGUCCCAGCACGCCAUCCAGCUCUACCACCAACGACUCUGGGAGGAAGAGAUCGUCGCCUCUCGGGAGGUCGUCAGAUUUGAAGUCGCGCAGAAACCUGAGCUUCUCUGAGGACUCGGAUCUGUCAUGUGAUGAUGUGCUGGAGAGGUCGUCCCAGAAGUCUAAGGCAGACUCUGUUUAUGUCCCUCACGCAUUGGCGUUCAAGAGAGCGUACGCCACCAAGAAAACCUACACAGAGGAGGAGCUCAAUGCCAAGCUGACACGGAGGGUACAGAAAGCUGCCAGACGACAGGCCAAACAGGAAGAGUUGAAGAGGCUGCACAGAGCCCAGAUCAUCCAGAGACAGCUGGAACAGGUGGAGGAGAAGCAGAGACAGCUGGAGGAGAGGGGCGUGGCCGUGGAGAAAGCCCUGAGAGGGGAAGCAGACUUUUGGGGAGAGUCUAAUUACAGUGAAAUCCUGGACUUGCAUCUGGGCGGGAUGGGGAAAAAGGACGACACCAAGCUCAUGCAGGAGUGGUUUAAACUGGUCCAGGAGAAAAACGCCCUGGUGCGAUACGAAUCUGAGCUGAUGAUAUUUGCACGAGAACUGGAGCUGGAGGAUCGCCAGAGUCGACUGCAGCAGGACCUGAGGGAACGAAUGGCAAUUGAAGACCACCUGAAGACGGAGGUGGAGCUGGCGCAGGAGAAGCACAUCCUGAAUGAGAUGCUGGAGGUGGUGGAGCAGAGAGACUCCCUGGUAGCCCUCCUGGAGGAGCAGAGGCUCAGUGAGAAGGAGGAGGACAAGGACCUGGAGUCUGUCAUGCUCUCCAAGGGCUUCAACCUCAACUGGGCCUGAGGAGGAGAGACUAGACUCACCAUCCACCCUAACUCAGAUAAUACUCUACCCCUCCCCUGUGUCAGGGCUCAAUGAAGGCCCAACCCACGGUCCCAUGCUUGGUCCCAGUUAACCCAGCAGAGAAUGUGUGCAGAAUGGAGUUGUCCCAUUACGGCUCCUCUGUUGGAGCAGUCUAUAAUGUUUACAUAUCUACCCUGCCACCAGCCAGGCAUCAUUACCUACAGUGAUAUCUCACCUCACGGUGGGAGGAGCAACUACAGCCUGGACUUUCUCAGAACCUCAGUGGUUCUCCAGAAUGGGGAACUGUUUUUCUUUUAAUUAUUUCUUUUAAUCUCAGACACGCAAAGGGAAGGAAGAGGUUAGGUCCUGCUGAUGUAAAGGAAUUCAAUGUAUGAUACCUGUUUCUAUGUACUACAUGUGUAGAACACGACACAUUAGCGAAGCUGUGGUUUUAGAUGAGGGUAGGCCCUUGACCUAUUGCCUGUUACAGUGUUACAGGGUUUCUGUGGCAAGGGGAGGAGUGGUCUCACUCUCAUCCUAUCAGUCUCAACCUAACCUCGUGACAUCCUCUGCUAUUGUGACUGCUGACUGGGGGAGGGACAUCCUCUGCUAUUGUGACUGCUGACUGGGGGAAGGACAUCCUCUGCUUUUGCUGCCUUUCACUCCAAUUACACACUGGCUUCCACGUUCUGAGGAGCCAAUAAGGAUGGCACUCUAAAAGGUCCAUCAUUUUUUUGCACAGAGAUUCACCCUAAGAGUCAACACUAAGGAUCAAUAGAAUCUGGUCACUUGUUUGUUUUGUAUUUAUUAGCUUGGUUUUGACAGAGAACCUGAAUGAACUGUUUUUGGUAUUUUCCGUGUUCACGGAGGAGAGUGCCCGAACUGGAGGCUCGACGGAUUGCACUUGUGCUCUCUUUAUGACAUUGACUGCAAGGACACCAACUGAAAACUCCAUCACCAAGAAGCCAUUGUGUGUCAGGAGUGGAGGCUGCUGCAGGCUCAUAGAGAAAAAUAUCCUGCGUUACAUUGUCUUUGACUCUGAAAGUUGUGCUGGUGUGAAUAGUUAACCUGUAGCAUAGAUUAAUUGACACAUGUACACUUUAGCAAGCAACCCACUUGACACAUCUGUUGGUGUCCUAGUUACAUUUACAUUUAAGUCAUUUAGCAGACGCUCUUAUCCAGAGCGACCUACAUAAUUUUUUUAUUUUUCAU